UACAAGACCAUUGCCAGCCUCCGAAGGCUGUUGGAUCUGCAAGAUAACGGACUUCAGUAGAAGCCACCACGCUUGGAGUAGACAUCAUGGGUAACUGCAUUCAGACUGAUCAAAGCAACAGCACCAUCUUGGAUUUCUCAGCCAACCCAGAUCUCUGGCAGCUGAUGAACUUCACCCAUUAUGAAUCAGAGGAAGACGACUGGUUCCUAGACUCUGCCGAACCGUGCCAGUACACCUUUUGCUCCACCUUUAUGGGCAGCAUUCCCAUUUUCCUGGGAAUAGCCAGCACCCUUGGGAUCUUAGGCAACGUGAUCCUUGGCCUCGCCUUGGCCAAGUGCCCUCGGUUUUGGGAUCAGUGCCAUCUGGGCAAAGUGGAGCUCUUUCUGCUUGUAACAGCGGGGUUUAUCUUUGCUUGCACUUUGCCCUUUUUCGCCCUGGGAAUCAGCAGGAGAUGGGCAUUUGAAGACCGACUCUGCCAGGUGGCCCAUGGACUGAAGUUUGGGUGCCUCUUUGCUCAGGGGCUGCUGGCGGCUGGCAGUGCCUGCCAAAGUCCCUGGGGUCUCCCCAGGUCACUUUUGCCCACCCUGCUCUGGAUGGUGGGAUUCCUCUGUGCAACCCCAGCUGCUCUGGUGAGUAGCACCGACGGGUUCUGCGUCCCAGAUGGUCUCCCUGAGCUUCACGCCUGGUCUCUGGUCCACGUUAUCUUCUGCUUGGUUAUUUUUGUCCUUCUCCCACUCACAAUGGUUUUGGCCAUGGUGUCUCUCAAAGGGUGUGGAAAGAGCUGGCAUCCCCAUUUCAAUAUCAGCUGGGCUUUCUAUCUCUUCUGGGGUCCAUACGGGGUUGCCGUGUUUCUGGACAUGCUUCAAGAAGAAACGUCACUUACCCAAGCUUGCCGUUUUCUGGAACAUCUCAACUCCUUUCUGGGGCUGUCAGAAGGAUGGGGCAUUCUUCACUGUUCCCUGUGCCCCUUGUUAAUUUGGGGGUUGGGCCUUUAUCACCGAAGGACAGUCCAAAUGGGGAAGUGCUAAUUAAAAAGGUCUCUACUAUGCAUGAGCUGUUCAGCAGAUGGC